GCCUGGAGGAGGCGGGGCAUAAAAAGAGAAACCCAGCUGAAUAUCAAAACAACCCUGCUGGAUCAGAGCAAAGUCCAUCUAGUUCAGCUCCUGUUGCCCUACAGUGGCAGGUCAGAAGUCUCCCGGAAACCUACAAGCAAGGUAUGAAGGCAAACGCUCUCUAUUGCUGUUGCCCCCUUCCAGCAACUGGAAUUUGCAGAUACACUGCCUCUGAACAUGGAGCUUCCAUUUAGCCAUCAUGGAUUUAAAAGACCGUCUCUUUCCUCCAGGUUAUAUAUGCACAUAUAAAGGAAGCUCUGUUUGGAAGCAGAGAAGAAAGGGAUAACUGCACCGUAUCGGAAACGGAGAUAUUCAGCCGUCUUUUCACCUUUAGCUUUUCUUCCUCAAAGAAGUGGGCCAAAGGGGGUUUCUUUGCAGAGGAGUUUUGAGAGCUGUUCUCAGAGCCUCCAUCAGAAGACAGCACUGACUGCAUCACAGUUUCCAGCUCCUUCCCUUUCUCCCUUCCGGCAACCUAACCCUCAGAAGCAGGGAGUCCUCACAUGAGAGCAGCUGCUACAGAGCUCCAAGGGGAUGACCGAGCUGUUAUGUACGCUGAACCAUCCACCAUGAAUUUCCGGAACCACGGCUUCUUCCGCCGUUCUCCACCUCCUUCUGUGGCCAAACCAUCCCCCACUGCUGGGAACACUCUGUCCGUCCUAGGAGGCAUCGCUCAGAUCUCCCCGUGCCUCUACCUCUGUUCUGGCAAUGCUGCAUCCAACAGACAUAUGGUCUACUCCAGGGCAGUGACUUGUGUAGUGAAUGCCACCAUGGAAAUCCCCAAUGCCAACUGGCCAGAUAUUGAUUAUGUCAAGGUGCCUGUUCCAGACCUCCCCCACGCUCCACUGUCCUUAUAUUUUGACUCCGUGGCUGACAGGAUACACCAGACCGGGAAGAAGAAUGGAAAAACCCUUGUCCACUGUGUGGCAGGUGUAAGUCGAUCUGCCUCCCUCUGCAUUGCCUAUUUAAUGAAAUACCACCGGCUGAGCCUCUUGGAUGCCCAUGAGUGGGUGAAGAGCAGGCGACCUGUUGUAAGGCCCAACGUAGGUUUCUGGAGACAACUCAUUGAGUAUGAACGUAAGCUGUUUGGAAAGAACACCGUCAAGAUGGUGCCCUCGCCCAUUGGGUUGGUCCCAGAUGUCUAUGAAAAGGAGACCCGUGGGCUGGUCCCCCUGUGGAACAUAAGAUAGACAGUGGGCAACUUUGGGAAUAUGGGUGGGUGGUGGGCUGCUUGGAUUGAGGGUCAAAAUAUUCCACCAUGUUAGGACCUCUUGUAAGACCUUUUGACAUGGUGGACCUCGGUAAGAAAAUGGUGUUAUGAUAGACUUUUUGUGAGACCUUGCAAUAUGAUUAGAUCAUGGAAAAGCCUUGAGCUGGUUGGACUCAGUAUGGUAGACUUUGAUGCUUGGUUCUACCAUGUCAAACAUUGCUAAGAACUCAAAUUUUUGGUUGUAUUCUGAGAAUAUGGUUAAAAACAGAGUAUAGGCAGUAAAGAUUUAUAUCCAGAGCUUCAAGAUCUUAUUAAAUUGACCCUCCCUUUGUGAGGAGGAAAGGAAAAAAAUAAUAUUUUGAGGACAGAGCCUCAUAACUACUUCCCAGCAAUAGUGCUUGGGUUUGCUUUAUUUUUAAUAAACACAAUACAUUUCCCCCUCAGGGAGUGAUAUCUAAGCAGUAAGGUGACAGGCAUUGAUGUUAACAUUGCUCCAAAGGCACAUUAUUUAAAGACUGCUUUGCCAAUAAGGAGACAGAAAUCAAGAAGCAGAAGAUGCCAGAACUUCCAAGGACAGAUGGAAGAUUUCGGCUCCAGAAGGCAGAGAGAGCCUUUAAUACAAUAAUUUUCACUGAGCAGGUGACAAUCCAGUCCAUGGGUGUCAUGAAUACUACCUUUUUAGUAUACUCUCCAAGCCAAGAAAAUCCAAACUCGUGGGGAACAGAGAAGAAAUUUUAAUAUUACUUCAGUACGGGGCUAACUCAAAGCUGUGGAGAGCAAAUAGCACAAAGCAAGGUAGAUUUUUAACUGGAAAGGGGGCAAAGUCCAAGUACAUCUAUUUCUGACACAGGGAAAUUACAGUUUAGCAUCAAAAACCAAUCCCUGUCACAUUAUCUCGCUUCCUCAGGAAUAAAGUACAUUAUGGUGGGAUUUUGGCAAAAUGUGGGGAAGGGCAAGGCAAUUUUCUAAUCACCUUACAGAAGAGCAACAUUUUCCAUACAAAAACUCCGUUUACUGUAUUUUGUUUUUUAAAAGCUUGAAACACUACAGAGUGAAGAACAAAAGAACUAUCAACUAACAUUAGUUUUGGGGAUGAAUGUAAUGUCCGAGGACACAGAUCUGCAGUUAAGUAUGUUAGCGCAGGGCAAAAUUUUACAAUUUGAAGGGGAGCUAGUUUCCAUUUGAAGAUUGUCUGACAAUACCACAGUGUGAGAGGAAGGCUGACAGAGUCAAGCAAAUUUUCAGUUAAAAUGCAGCCAGUGUAUUUCAAAUUAAAGUGGACAGCUCAGGAUGUUCAAGACCUAGUUACUCAGGCUGCACCAAAGAGUUGAAGGGAAAGGGAGUAAAUUAUCCCAAACGGGACAGGUUUUGGAAGCUAGAGGGGAUAUUUUGGCGGAUAAAUUAAACUUUGGGGGCACAGCUUUCAGAGUGAUUUGAAGAAAUUGCAGAAAUGCAUGGUUUUCGGUAUUUUAAAUCCUCACCUAUUAAGGAAGUUUCAAAUUAAGAGAGACCCCUGUUGUAAACAAGUUUCUGUAGUGACAUUUCUGUUGGAGGGGCUUAACUAUUAACUUGCCAAUCUCUCUCUUUUUUUUUUGUAAGCCCAUUUUAUAAACAUGGCCAUUUCUGUUAAUACUGCUUUCUAUUAUUAUAAAAGGAGUUGUUUACUAGCACUACCACAACAGUUUCUUUCCAGAACAAAGAACACAUUGCAUCCUCACAUUUGGAGGUUUCAUAACAAUUUCCUACGAGAACCUCUUGCCUUUGUCAAACCUGGCUAGAAAGUUCUAGAAGCUUAUAGCUACAAUUAGUUGGUAGCCCAAUAUGGUUUCUGAGAAAAUAAUCAUUUGUUGGCCAAAUACUCCAGGGCUAAUUUAAAAAUUGCAUGGGUAUGAGGCAGGUUUUUGAAUUCCUUUGUUCUCACAGAAAAUUUUUUGCUCCCAGAAUUAAGAUUUCUUGAAGAGUAAAAUAAACUGUAAGCAAUUCAGGUCCAUCUCCCAUAUUUGAAGGUAGAUACCUUCCCCCUGCCCAUACCAUACUCGCCAUGAAUAAACGGAAGUGGGUAAUACAUUUGUUUGGGGCAAAAGUGUCAUCUGUUAUAGACAGUGUUAUGAAAAUAUAGAAAUGUGAUUUCUUGACCAAAAAACAAAUAUUUAUAGGAUAUAUUAGUCUUGCUCUUGUACACUAACCCUAUUGAUUUCCUAUGUCAAAACUUCCUUCAUUAGAACAUUAAUCUAAUGAAGGGACUAAUAGCAGCUGAGGAAAAACGAUGCACUUUUUGAACAAAAUUCUCCAGAAGUGUCCCUCACUCUAACGCCUAUGCUUGAAAAUAUACAAAGCUUAAAGAUAGGUCUAAGUAGGGAAAAGCUCUAAGGAUAUUGAGUGAGAGGAACGAUUCGAGGCUGGAAGUGAUGUCUGGAAAUAGCAGGAAUUGGUACUCAUACAUAUGCAUUCUUCAGAUUAGACACAGAACAUCCCAAAUUAGAGCGCCUUUAAAUCUCGCCAAAUUGCUGUCAAUAUGCGAAUUAACACACACAAGAGACAAAUCUUUUAAGCCUAAAUAUUGCCCUGGUUAAUGUAAGAGACAUAUAACAAACUGCCCUCCCCAAAUAUCUCUGGGUUGGGCUCAUAAGCAGAACUUUAUCUAAGGAGGAACUUGUUACAGAGGUUGGAGUAUAAGCUGGUCUUCCUUUCAAAUGGUGUUUAUGUAUAUAAAACCUCUGCAGUUCUGUAUACUUUGUACAUACGGAUUGAAAGAAAAAUAUCUAUAUUAAUUAAAGUUAGGGUUUCUUAUCGCUUCAGUUCAAUGACAAAAUAUCUUAAUAAAUAUAAAAAUGUAAA